UUCCCGUGCGCCUUUGUGCGCUUCGCAAUCGGCGCAGCCCUGGGCAGUUGAACAAAACGAGAAAAAAGUGGGCCGCGCGGAGACUAAGUUCCAAGAUGGCUGCUAAACCGAAUUUCCGUUCGUCAGACAGUCUGUAGUAAAAAGUUAGUUUCCUCGGAAAGUGAUGCUUGAUCUUGUCUACCAGAGUGAAGGAGAGGUUCUGUAAUAAAUCUGGUUAGAAUGGGAGUAACUUGUUUGAUUCCAGUGGAACUUCCAGAAGGAAAAAGUGGCCAACAGGCUCUUGCAGUCGAGAAGCUUCAAAAACGUGCUGAGUUAAUGGGUGCUCAGAAGAUUGGUAACUGGUGUGUCAACUGUGAGACUUAUCAGGCGGUGACAACAUUCAGUACAGCUAGCAAACUCAUUCAUCUGGUGCACAGUACAGAAUUUCCUUACUCAUCAUUUGCUGUACUGGAGACAGGCACAUGUCUUGUGGCAGAUUCUGGCUUUGAUUCCUUGAUGACAAAACUCAAAACAUUCUACACACCUAGAAAAACUUCCAAAAUUGAGGCUAAAGGACAUCGUUAUGAGUAUGGAGACUUUGUUCUUAAGUUUGGACAAGUUUCUGCCGGCCCAAGUUUCAAAGGAAUCGUUGUUGAGUUGGAGUACCUGCCCUGCUUAGAUGUUCAACAAUGUUGGGGAUUGAUCAGUGAGUUUCUCUCAAGCUUUAUGGAUCCUUCAUUCACGCUUCCUACAGCUCCCAAGUGCAGCAAUAAAACAACUGAACUAUUCUGUCCAUCAGACACGAUACUCCAAUACAUUGAAGUGUUUAACACGUACAGAAAGUCUGCUGGUGGCCCUUCAUUGUCCCAGUAAAUAAACAGUCAAAGACCA